GGGCAAGGAUGGUGACUUCACCGUGGAUGUAUAUAGUCGCUAUCCUGAUUUCAGUGUUUAUAUGAUCAGCAUCGCGUUCAUCAAUGAGUUUCAUUUUAAAAAUACAUGUUUUAUUGAGGACGUUCCUGAGAGGAAAAUGUAUUUCUCCAGAUGUAAAGUAGGAUUAUUACCUGUGGGAGAUGUUUGAUUCCAUCGAGUGAAUUUGGAGCUGUUUGGAUUAUUUAUUUGGGUGCAGUACAAACUACUUGCUGCUCUUUUUGACCAGGAGGGGUAACCUAUUAUUUGACCACCACUGAAGGAAUGAUGUCCGAGAGAAGAUGUGUAGCAGCCGGAAGAUCAUCUGGAGUUUGGUGGCGCUCUCGGUUUUGGAGAUGGGACUCGGUGCGUCCAGUAUUAUCCUCGGUGUGGUUGGCAUCAUCCGAAUCCCAAAAGCAACUCAACUGCAGUUGGGAGAUGGAUCGCCUUUAUGGAGUGGAAUUUGUUUCCUCGUUUGUGGUCUGUGUGGGGUGUUAUGUGCAAAGAAGAGGUCAGGAUUGAUUAUGAUCCUGUUCUCAGCCUGCUGCAUCUGCGGACUCAUCAGUGGGAUCCUGAACGUCCAAUUUGUGCGAGCUGCGGCCAAACGUCCCGACGCCCUGCCAUCGCUGCAGCUGGCAUGUGUGGUCCUCGCUUGCCUGGGCAUUGGAGGCUGCAUCCUGUUCACCUGGCUCACCUGCCGGCUGGCCAGCAGUGAGCAGCAGAGGAUGUUUCUGGAGAGGGAAGUGUCACUGCACCACUCUCACGAGAUGAGCGACAAGGAUCAGUAUUCCGAGAGGUCAAGCAUUCCCCAGAUCUCCUUCAACGGCAAGUCCUCACCAUCCUGAUGAAGAAGCCACCAAGAAUUAACUAUAUUAGCAGCAUGUAUGGAUCUAGCAUCAAGGAUUGUCAAUCUAUUGACAGAUGCUGGCGGUAUUCUGGGCCCUGAAAGAUGCAUUCCAAUAGCGUCCUACGUCUGAGGUUUUGAAGCACAGGGAGAUAUGGGUAUGGGUCCAUGGAAAAUGACCAAAGCAAACUCAGAGAUUCUAGAAGUUGACAACGUGAGGUAGAGAAAAAUUAAAAGUUCAGUCAGUCAUGCAGAGUCAUGUUUCAGUACAGGUCUGUGAAGUCAUUUACAGUCAUAUAUUUCAGUGAAAGCAUGCAUGUCGAUGUAACAGAUUAUUUUACGGAUAAAAAUAGUGGACUAGAUGAAGCUAAACCUCAAAGGUGAUUCCCUAUAGACUCUAAAAUCCAGACCUUGUGUAUGCCUAUUUUAAAACAAUGGAGGACCUACAUUCUCAGUGAUCUAAGGAGCUGAAUCUUAUUCUUAUACAACGUAUGACAUACCUCAAGUGGCUUUGCAUUUUUGUGUGCACGAAUGUACUGUAAAAAAAUGAAAAGGAAGAUACCUGUCAAUCAUGUGGUACUUAGGAAUGGUUUGCUGAACCCAACGCUAGUUUCCUCAAGGUUCACAAUGACUCUUGCUUAGACUGUUG